GAUGUAUUCUAAAGGACGUAAAGUCAGUUAUUUCUUAAAAAGCUGACAUAAUGCAGGUUUCUAAUCCAAAUAACGUGAAGAUCUAUAAUCUGAGCGCUGGAAAAUCUCUUCCAGAAUGGCUGUCUGACAGACAAAGGCGCUCCUUACAGAAGCAAGAUAUUGAUGUGAGGAGAAGAAUCGAGCUUCUGCAGGAUUUUGACAUGCCGACAGCUAGUCACUGUGUCGGAGUCUCACCGGACGGACAAUACAUAUGUGCCACAGGAACUUACAAACCAAGAAUUAAAUGCUUUGAUACUGCACAGAUGUCGCUCAAAUUUGAAAGAGGUCUUGAUUCUGAUGUCGUCAAGUUCCAAUUUCUAGGAGAAGAUUACGGGAAGUUAGUGUUUCUACAAUGUGAUAGGUACAUAGAAUUGCAUUCACAAUUUGGAAGGUAUUAUAGACUGAGAAUACCAAAAUAUGGCAGAGAUAUGGCUUAUCAUUUCCCAAGUUGUGACUUGUAUAUUGGUGGAAUUGGCUCAGAUGUUUAUAGAAUCAACUUAGAACAGGGUAGAUUUCUUAGUCCCCUCACUACAAAGUCACCAGACAUCAACUGCUGUGAGAUAAAUCCAGCACAUGGAUUGCUAGCCUGUGGGACAGCAUCAGGAACUGUGGAAUGCUUUGACCCACGUGUACGCAAAGCUGCAGGAAUUCUAGACAUCACACUAUCCAAUCAUAUUGAAGAUAUUCAGGAACUACCAAACGUGACUGCACUGAAGUUUGCUGAUGCAUUGAAUAUGGCUGUAGGAACAAGUACUGGACAUAUUUUAUUGUAUGACAUUCGGUCCAGCAAACCUCUCCUUGUGAAGGAUCACCAUUAUGAACUGCCCAUAAAAUCAAUUGAGUUUCAAGAAUCGCUGAAUCUUGUCCUGUCUAUGGACACAAAAAUCCUAAAGUUGUGGGAUCGUGAAACAGGAAAGGCUUUCACUUCCAUUGAACCAGGCACAAAUCUUAGUGAUCUUUGUCUUCUUCCCAACUCUGGACUUCUUUUCAUGGCUAAUGAAGGCCAAAAAAUCUUGUCAUAUUACAUACCAACAUUAGGGACUGCCCCAAAAUGGUGCUCAUUUCUGGACAAUCUGACAGAGGAACUGGAGGAAAGCACGGCUCAGAUUGUGUAUGAUGACUACAAAUUUGUAACUAGGAAAGAAUUGGAGGAACUUGGUCUGACGCACUUAAUAGGAUCAACAUUACUGAGAGCUUACAUGCAUGGUUUUUUCAUGGACAACAGGCUGUACAACAAGGCUAAAGCCAUUGCUGAACCAUUUGCCUAUGAAGAGUACAGGAAGAAUAAGAUUCGAGAAAAGAUUGACCAGGAGAGAGCCAAUCGAGUUAGGCUGAAGAAACUUCCGAAAGUUAACAGAGACCUGGCAGAGAAACUGAUGGAUGUGAAAGAAAUAGGAACCAACAAGAAAAAAGUCAAGGAAACCACGUCUUUAUUAGAGGAUGACAGAUUCUCAGCCAUGUUUUCUAACCCAGAAUUCCAGAUCAAUGUGAAUAGCGAGGAAUACAAACUGGUCAAUCCUGUGGUGUCCAAGCUGGAUAAGGUUCGCAAGAAGAAGCAGGCCAAGAUGGAACAGUUUGCUGAAGUCAGUGAUGAUGAGGAGAAACGUGGGAGUGAUAGUGAAAGUGAAAGUUCAGAUGAUGAACACACAUGGACAAAAGAACUUAAAGAACAGCACAAAAAAUUACGUAUUGAGGCAGCUCAGGCCAGGCGGGCAGAAAAUUUUGAGAAGAAAAGUGGUCCAAAGUUCUAUGAAAUUAAAGAUGGUGUUGAACUUGAUAGUAAGGGUACAAGUCAGAAGAAGCUAGCCAAGAAAUCUUUGGCAGAAAGAUUGCAGGAUACACAAGAUGACAGCAUUAUCUCUAAAUCUGGAUCACUAGGCAACAGAGAGCUGACCUUCACCUUUAAGAAGAGUGAAAGAGAGAUAAGUCGACAACAAAAGUCGAGGGAGCAUCAUAAAGAACGUAAAAAUAUUCGUCGAUCUGCAGGAGAUAUUACAAAGACUCUUAAGCAAAAACCAAAAUUUUGGUUGGGAAAAAGGGUCAAAUGAAAAAGAAAUAAAUGGAGAUAAUAUUUUGCA